UGACCAUUCUCUGCAGUGGAGAGAUUUUGCACCCAAAUUACGCAUGGAAUGGUUUUGGGGGGAUUGGAGUAGAAAUGCAGCGCCGCACUUCCAGCCCACAACAAGAACCAUGCCCAACUUACACUGCAAGCAGAUCCCUGACAUCCUGUGUGAUCCUUUGCGGCUUUGAUGUAAGUGAAAUUCGCUCGGAUAUCGACGAGGCGUGAAGGAAGCGAUCGCAUCGUGCCGGACGAAAAGGACGCUGUUGACGCUGCAGACGCGUGUGCACAGAAGACCUCUGCGUUUGGGAUUUUACUUCUUUGAUGGAGCUUGAGAACAUAGUAGCCAACACUGUACUGCUCAAAGCCAGAGAGGGUGGAGGAGGCAAGCGGAAAGGAAGAAGCAAAAAAUGGAAAGAGAUCCUUCGCUUUCCACACAUAAGUCAGUGUGUUGAGCUGGGAAAAAUUAUUGAGAAGGACUAUGACAGCAUCUGUGAGAAACAGCCCAUUGGACGGCUUCUCUUCCGUCUGUACUGUGAGACCAAACCCAGCCUGCAAAGAUGCAUCCAGCUGCUUGACGCAAUGGAGGACUAUGAGGUAACGCCUGAUGAAAACAGAAAAAACAGAGGAGAAGAAAUUAUCAAGAGUUUUCUCACAAAACAAUCACCUCAGAAAGUGGACAUCGCAGAGGGUUUUGCAGAGCAAUGCAGAAAGAACCUGGAGCUCAGUCCCUGUAGGGAGAUCUUCAGCACCUGCCUCAAAGCCGUCCACGAUUACCUGAGCGGAGCUCCGUUUGUUGAUUUCCAGAAAAGCAUGUACUUCGACCGCUUUCUGCAGUGGAAAAUGCUGGAGAGGCAACCCAUCACUAAAGACACGUUCAGACAGUACAGAGUUCUGGGAAAGGGGGGGUUCGGAGAGGUGUGUGCCUGCCAGGUCAGAGCAACAGGAAAGAUGUACGCCUGCAAGAAACUGGAGAAGAAGAGGAUCAAGAAGAGGAAAGGGGAGGCCAUGGCUCUCAACGAGAAGCAGAUUUUAGAGAAAGUCAACAGUCGAUUUGUUGUGAGCUUGGCGUACGCCUAUGAGACCAAAGACGCUCUGUGUCUGGUACUGACCAUCAUGAACGGUGGAGACCUUAAGUUUCACAUCUACAACAUGGGCACACCAGGCUUUGAGAAAAACAGGGUCCAGUUUUAUGCUGCUCAGAUCUGCUGUGGGCUCACACAUUUGCACAGAGAAUCAAUCGUCUACAGAGAUUUGAAACCAGAGAACAUCCUAUUAGAUGACAAUGGACACAUCCGCAUUUCAGACCUUGGGCUCGCCAUCAAAGUGCCUGAAGGAGAACUCAUCCGAGGCAGAGUGGGAACAGUAGGCUACAUGGCUCCAGAGGUGAUUAACAACGAAAAAUAUGCCAUGAGUCCUGACUGGUGGGGGCUUGGCUGUCUCAUUUAUGAGAUGACUGCCGGCCGAUCGCCCUUCCGUGCUCGCAAAGAGCGGGUGAAGCGGGAAGAGGUGGAAAGAAGGGUCCAGGAGGAAGAGGAGGAGUAUAGCGACAAGUUUACAGAGGAUGCCAAGGCGAUCUGUAGAAUGCUGCUCACAAAGGACCCUAAGCAGAGGCUGGGGUGCAAGUCGGAUGGAGCAGAGGGCGUGAAAGCCCACUCAUUCUUCAAAAGCAUCAACUUCAAGAGGAUGGAAGCUGGGUUUGUGGACCCUCCUUUUGUGCCUGAUCCUCGGGCAGUGUACUGUAAGGAUGUUUUGGACAUUGAACAGUUCUCAACAGUCAAGGGAGUAAAUUUGGACCAAACUGACAACGACUUCUACUCCAAAUUUGCUACUGGCAGUGUUUCCAUCCCAUGGCAGAAUGAAAUGAUAGAAACGGAGUGUUUCAGAGAUUUGAAUGUGUUUGGGCCUCAAGGGACAAGACCCCCAGAUCUGGACUGGAAUCAGCCGCCCGAGCCCCCCAGACGCAGCCUGCUGGACAGGAUCUUCAGGAGGCAUCACCCAGAGGUGUCCAUUUCCAACAGCCGAGUGCAGUCUUCCAGCGUCAACUCUGUGGACUCAAUGUCCAACUCUGCCCCCUAGUGGUGCGGUGGUGAUGUGGGGGGCCACGUACAAGGAUUUGAUCUCGAAAGGGCUUUCCCGCUGCUGAUUGGUCCACCGCUGGGGCUCUACCAGCAGCUGGAGACUGCCUAUCCGAAGGCCUGAAUGGUCAGCCCUUUAGGAGGGAUGGGGUGGGUUUGGGUGGGGGUGACUGUGCCCUGAGACCCCGGGCAUCUGUAGUAGGAUGUGUAAUGUUGCAGAGACGUUUUUGGAAAUAUUCUAACAAACCUUACUUACCCUCAGGACUGUUGGACUGUAGAACAUAGCCACUGAUGUUGAGGAAAACAGAAAGAAGAUAGAAAACACGCUGAAAUUCAGGGCAUCCACUGUAUAUUAAAGACCACCAUGGGGAAUUAAAGUUGGGGGGGUCUUGGUGAAUAUUUUUUGCUUUUUUUUCCCACAGAAGAGGACUCUCUUUCUUUCUUUCUUUCCUUCUUGCCAUUAUCUCAUCCGUUUCAUCCUUUUAUCCUGCAUCUUCUCCGUCUCUCCAUCUGCGCACUCUUAACUUCUUCUUUCUCUGUGUGCCACUGCCCUGACCUCGGUUCACUCCUAAACAUUCAGAACACAUCACCACGACAACCUCAGCGCAUAAUGUACAUUGCCUUGCGUACACUCAGGCCAAAGAUUGCAAUUUUAGUUUUGUGAUACUGUUGUCAUGUUGAAUUGUUAGUUUUUGAAGGUUUUUAGCUGUUGUGUAGAACCACAGGAGGAUCAGAAUGUGUGAUCCCUUUUAUACACUCUCUACAUAUGAGCCUGCAGACAUAUCAUACUGCUUAAAGCACUCAUGCAUACACAAUCAGAUAGACGCACACACACUCAGAAUUGUGAGAAUUGUGUUGUGUUUUGAUUGCAUGGACAAGUCUAAGUAUGGACAGCUGUAUCCCUUUUGCUUCUGCAUACCUCAUUCCACUGACGUUACCAUCUUAUACUCGAACCUGUCCCUUGGUUUACAGAGUCACUUUAUAUUUGACAUUAUGUGAAGUUUGAAACCUAAUUAAUAUAGUGUACAGAAACGGAAGUUUUUUUUUUUUUUUCCACAGUCCCGGUGGAGUGGAAGGGAACACAUGCACUCAGCCUGACUUACAAGUUGCACAGUUUUCAAAUAAUGUCAUGCUGUUUGGUUACCAAAUGAAAAUGUUUUACCUCUGAUCAUUAAGGCACAUUGUUGUACUGAUGCUGUCACAAGCCGCUUGUUUUCUACAUCCAAAACGAAAGUGUUCUUCUUAUCCGAUGCCUCUUCCAUGUAAAAGAUCUUGCUGCACAGUUCCUGAUGUUUCCAUGCAGAGGUUUUGUAUAUUUUUGCCCCGCCACACGUCUACCUUUUAAUGUGCUCUUCAAAAUGCCUCACAAGUCUCAAGGGUCUUCCUCUAGUUUGUUUUAUUUCUAAUUCUUUUUGCCCAACUGUAAUCAAAGCCACAAUAGCUGUAUGGAAGGUGUAUAUUAUCCGAGUCCGCCUCCUUCACCUCGGAGCUGAGGAAGAGGAGAGGAAGACCCUGAAAGAUCUCCACACAAAGACGUGGCCUUCUUCUCGCAGCAGCACAGCCAACUCGAAGAGAGGAAGCCCUGAGCUUCUUCUGCUUGUUUUAAGAAUGUGGUCUCUUCCCUAUUCGAGAAAGCAAACACUGUUUCAUGCAGUAAUUUUAAACAUCCUUACAAUCUAAGCCUUUCUUUUUUUGUUUUCCUUUAUUUGCAUACUUGAUAUAUAUAUAAAAAAAACCUGGUUCAGACUGAAGUGCCUCCUUGCUAGCAUGAUCUCCGAAACAGUUGCCCACAAAGCUAUCAGCACUUUUUUUUCUCUUUCUCUUUUUGUUAAGCUCUGUUUGCUUCGCUGGGGAACACAAAUGCACACGGCCUCACACGGUUUGUUGGAAGUUAAGGGAUGAACGAGGAAAAACAUGGAGCGCAGGGAUUCCAUGAGGGAAUUUUCCUUCUUAAUGUGAUGUACAGCAAAGUGCUGAGUGCAUGUGAAAGCCAAACCCACUGUGUCAUUCAAAUCCCAAUAAACUCUGUACUAUAGUUUGAAUACUCAA